UUUAAUAUAUGUUUUAGUAAAUGUGUAUUUGUUGGUUUCAAUAGAUCCUGCACGUCUGGCUCGAUCUCAAGAGAAUAUGGAACUAUCAAGAAGACGGAUGCAAGAGACAGUGAAUGCAAGAGCAGCAGAAUAUACUGAGAAAAUGAAUGAAGUAAGUGUAAAGCCCAUUUUUCCACUAGGCGAAUUUGUUCGCGCGAACAGUAGAAAAGUAGGAACUGAUCCAACUUUUUCGCGGCGAAUUUUUUCGCUGACCAAUCACAUUGCCACGAUUUGUUUUUCGUUUCGCGCGAACAAAUUCGCCUAAUGGAAAAUGGCGCGCAUCAAUAUUUGCUGUCAUCAUUACUGCAGACCAAAGGUAUGUUUACACGCCAGCCUCGUAGGAAAGGGAAAAUUCGGAGGGAAGCUACGUGCAAUUAUUCGCCAUUAAAAUAUUGAUAUUAAUUAAUUAAUUGCAAUUGAAAAUAUUCGCCAUUAAUUGCAAUUGAAAAUAUUCGCCAUUAAAACAUUCAGCAAAACCUACUUAUUACAUUUAUUGUGUUAUUUAGGUUGAAUUAUGUAUAUAUUAAAACCCGUUACCCGCAGUCUUUUGUGUGUGAUUCCGUGAACUAUAAUAAAAACUGGAACGAUAACUCGGGCUGUGUUUUUGAAGCCAAAGAUGGCGGAAGAUGAAGCACGUCUUCUAUAGGUAUAACGCCUAUGCAAUUUCCCCACGCGGAAAUUCACUGAAUUCAGUACGAAAAAUCGGCAUCAGUUUUAAAAGUACGGUAUUUGUCACUAGAAAUGAGCAUUUAUGUGCAAAAAUGAAACAUCGAUCGGAAAACCUUAGUCGCUGUAGGCUGCCAUCUUGGUUUCCCCCAAUCAUAGGGCCGUUUACCUUUCCAGUAUUUAUAGAGUUCACUGAUAUGAUCCGAUCGCGACCAUAAAUUCAAGGAUAAAAGCAUCUGACAUUGUAUAAUUAUGACUUUUCUGUUCAGUCUAAAAUAUCUGGCGAAAAGCUUUUGUGCCUCUCCGUCCUGCUAGUAAAUUAUUAUACGUACGCGAAGUAGGACAUGAACGUUGAAACCGCAAUUAAAUAUCGUUGAAUUCUACUUUGCUUGCAUCUAGAAACCUAGCAACCUUCAGUACAUGCAUGUUUCCUUUUAUUCCAUAACUGGAAAGUCAAUUAUGCAUGAUGGUUUGUCAGAUUAAAUAUUUACAGUAGUUAACCCAGUUUGAUAUUUUUCGUAAAACACACAACUGUAUAUAGUCGCAUAACCAUAUUUUUAACCCGUGUGGUUGUUUUAGAUGGAUGCCCAAAAACGAAAGGAGAAAAUUGACGAUUGGGAGAAUGUUCAAAAAGGUCGAGGUCGAUCGCGACAUUUAGUUAAACCAGACUAUAAUCCACUCAGUGGCACUACUUCUGGCUCGUCGUACAGACCAUCUAGCCGAGGGAAUACAGGUAUGGAACUAAGUCCUCAGAUCUCAAUUUUGAGCUACUCUAGUUUCGGCUUUCGGAUAUGCUCCCUUUCAAGAAAACAAUGAUCAAGCUCAGAACUUGUUGCAUUAAAAGUGAAAGCAGUUGACUAGAUCACUUGAGAAAGCAUUACAACAAUACAUUAAUUUCAUGGAAUUCUAACUCUUCCGGAAGGCAUGCAUCUGACUACCCUGCUUCCAAUAGUUUGACUCAGUGGUUUGACUCGUAUUUUUUGUGCCAGCUCUUGUUUGUUGUACCGUGUUCACCAAGGCGUAAAAAAAAAUACCUGUGGUUCCGGUUCCCGACCGACCCUAUUUUUUUGCCGACCCUGUUAUUUUUUCAACGCGAUUGAUCGUGCGACCCUAUUUUCUCCAGGUGGUUGCGGGCUGCUCAUACAGCGUGCCAAAAUGGCGUCUGUCUUAAAUUCGUCCAUAGGAAAUACGCAUCUCUAGUUAAUAUUGAUGUCGGGACUCUACUGCAAAUCGCCCAGCAAAAAACCGCCAAAACCAUGAAAAAAAACAUUUUUUUAAAAUUUUACCGACCUACCGACCCUAAUUUUUUCACGAUAUGAAACCGGAACCACAGGUAUUUUUUUUACGCCCAAGCUUGCCUUUCAGGCUGAGAGACGGGCCGGGUUCAAUCCUUGGUCGGACCUCUACUCAAGGUCUUAAAAUAAUUGAAGAGAAAGUGCUACCUUUACAUUGACAUCAGUAAAUGGAUAGACUUUUGCAUCUUCUCGGACCCCUAUCAAUUGGACAAUAGCCUGUUGGGAAAUCCGCUGACCAAUGAGUGAAAAACUCAAUAGAGCGUUUGCACACGACGUCGCCAUGUUGGUGUUCCAGUUCAAAAAAAAUUUAAUUAGACUUUUUUGUCUGGAACACCAACAUGGCCGCCAUGGCUUUUGUUGAGUUGGUGCCUGGGGAAUGAGUGCAAACGCUCUAUAAACGCAAUAAACUUAAAGUGUAUAUGAAAUGAAAUUUCUUAUUUUCUUAAAUGAAAGAACUCUUUAAGCUGUAGUGCAACUUAUUUUUCAGUUUCUUGUUUUUAUGAUUUGUUCCCGAGAUAUUUUAAUUUGUUUGAUAUGUAAAUGAGUGUGAAUAUGUACGCUAACUUAUGACGUCAUGUUGGUUGCAAGCUCUUUAAAAUGGUUGAAUAUCACUGCUAUCAUCCAAGAUGAUAAUUUCAAACUUCGCUCACUGGUAAAUGUGAUGAAACCCUGGAGAAAAACGUGAACUGAUAUCAACAGUUUUUAGAGUAGUUAAUACAUUUAUAACCAAGUAAGUCGAGCUUGCAACCAACAAGACGUCAUAAAUUAGCGGACAUAUUCUCAUUCAUUUACAUAUCAAACAAAUCGAAAUAUCUCAGGAACAAACCAUAAAAACAAGAAACUGAAAAAUAAGUUACACUACAACUUAAAAAGUUCUGUCAUUUAAGAAAAUAAGAAAUUUCAUGUCAUAUACACUUUAAACUAACCUCAAAUUGCAUUCCUCUAAUUGUUAGUUUGCUUGUAUACGUAAUUUUGAUUGAAUCUCUUUUUCCUUGUAAAAUAUUUUUAUUUUCUCCUUUAGGUGGUGGAUGAGGUUAAAUACACGGCACGUGAAGAUCAAAGAUAUUGUUGUUGUCUAUAGCGUUGAAAAUGUUUAGGAUUACAACAAUAUUUUUUACGUGCUGUUCGAACUUGACGUAAAUAUACUGUAUUCAAUCAUGCAGUGGUUCGGCAAAUUGGGUUUGCUGUUAUGAUGUUUAUUCUUGAAACACAGUAACUGUGGAAGAAUUAAUUGAAGAAACACACUGUACUAAUAAGAAUUACAUUUGUUUACUUUUGCCAUGUUAAUGUAAAAAAUAGGUACGCACUGCGUACAUGUGGCCUGUAAAGUUCAAUACACCCUUCCAAUAAGUGCGUCACUUUAGCUAUAAAGCCUCGUUUUCGUGCAUGUGAAAUUUAAUGUCUAAUGUAUCAAUGACCAAAGCGAGGCUCUAUGGCCAAAGUGACAUACUUUCCGGAAGGGUGUAUUGCAAUACGAAAUAUAAUAAAAUAGAAUGUUUCACAAACGAGACAAGUAGAUCCAAUAUUAUAUUUUUUGCGAUGCCUACAAUAUCACAAUUAUUACUAGAUUUCAGAGAAACGGUCGAUAGCAAUGAAGCACCUAACAGUAAUGAGGCUACCAUACCUUUAAAAUAAACUAGUAUACUUAUCAGUAGUAAAUGCUGACUUGCUCCUUAAUUUGACGAUAUAUCAAAAACGGCCUCAUCUUUCCAUAUUAACAACCCCAGUUUAAAUACAAUUGUAAGCUCCUAACCCAUCGUAACUGUAACCUCAACACUAACUUAAUCUUUGUGACGUCAUUAUUGUAAAUAUUAUGAAUAAAUCCUUGUUUCGGUCACAAAUAUAUUUCUUUGAUCUUGACCGUAAUCACAACCCAUCCCUCA